AUGACAAUAACGAUAGAAAAUCUUUAUAAUGGUAACAGUCAGUUAAUUACGGCACCCAUCAACGAUGUCGAAACAUAUCGUGGAGAUGACUUACUUGAUUCUAUCAUAUCAGCACUCGUUCCAAUGUUUAUUUAUCUUGCUACCUCGAAUGAGUUAAAGAACAAAAAAUUCACACAAUAUUCAUCUCAAUUUUACCAUGAAGAUACCGAUUAUGUGUCAUAG